GACUUUGACUUCAAUAUCCCUGGUUUUUUUCAAACACAGUCAAUGGGACAAUAUGGGUGCUGCAUAGACAGAGUUUUAUGGCUAAUCCUAACAUGGAAUUAAAUACUUGUUUAUCAUUUGAACAUUUUAUUUUUCUGUGAUCUCUCUAACUGCCUUUUUGAAAAAUGAUAAUGGGCUCUUUUUCGUCCUCUGCUCCUUUGAUUUCGCUACUUUUAACACUCUUCUUUAUAUCGUGCUCGGCCUCACUAUUUGCAGGGGGCCUUGCUAUUCCUUCCGCAACUGCGUAUAGAGGCAGAACAUGGAUGAACAAUAUUCAGUCUCUAGAUUUUCUGACACCGUCACUUUACAAAGAUGCACUCGUCAGACCGAUCCUUCUGAGUAGGAAUAUCUCAUAUAAUGAUAUGAAUCUGCAGUUUGGAUGUGGAUUCUUCUGCUAUGGCAGUCCUUGUGACACAGGCUACCUAUUUGCAACUUUCUUCGUUGUCUACAACAUUGAUGGUGAGCUGUUUGAUAUGGAAAUGGUGUGGAGUUCUAACAGAGACCAGAUGGUGCAAGAAAACGCAACUCUAACACUCACCUCCACAGGAGAACUUGUAUUAAGGAACUCAGAUGGCACUUUCGUGUGGUCUGCAAAUACAUCCACCCAAGCUUUUCAAAAGAUGGUGAUACGAGAAUCUGGGAACCUCGUUCUCUAUAACACCUCUGGUGGAAUCAUCUGGCAGUCUUUUGACUAUCCAACUGAUACCCUGCUGCGAGGGCAGAAGUUAAAGGCAGGAAAGAAGAUUACAGCAAACAUUUCUCAUAAGAAUACAAGCCAAGGUCGUUUCUAUUGUACCUUGCUUCAUGAUAGCUUUGCUAUGUUUACAGCCUCUGCACCUGCUAAAAUGUAUUUCAGAUAUCCCGAGCCACGUGCAGGUGUUGAGUUCUCUUAUAUUCAGUUCGACAAUCAGUCCGUCCAUAUAUAUUCUCAAGGAGGAGGACCACAGUCAAUCAAUUUAUCAGUAUCCAAAACCUACCUUUACUUUAGGUUAGAUUCAGAUGGACAUUUAAGGGUUUGCUCCAUCCUCCAAACAACGGGAAGAUCUUCCCCUGACUAUCUGCCAUCCUUUAUGAGAUCAGUGGCUGAGUGCGAUUAUCCAAGACCAUGCGGAGACUAUGGUGUUUGCACAAAUGGUCAGUGCAGCUGUCCAACAAAUGGCAAUGCUUUCAAACCGAUUGAUGUCACAGAACCCAAUUUCGGAUGUGUUCCUCGCGUUCCUCUGGUAUGCUCAGAUAAAAGUGGGCGCAAAGAUCAUCACUUUUUGGAACUGGAGCACGUUUCCUACUUUACAUAUGUUUUCGAAAAUGCCUCCAGACCAGGAUUGAUGUCAUCUGAGGAAUGUAAAAAACUUUGCCUUGAAGACUGCUCUUGCAAAGCAGCUUUUUUCAGGUAUAAGGCCAAUUUUUCUACUGGUUAUUGCUAUCUAGAGUCCAAUAUCUAUUCUAUGAAAACUAACAGUCCAGUAGAUGAGUUUUACAAUUCCACUGCUUAUAUUAAAAUUCAGUCAACGUCCAAGCGCAGUAAAUACUUGGUUGUCGUCAUCAUUUGUGCUUCUGUGGGCGGAGCGCUAGCUCUAUUAAUCUUAUUGUGGGCAUGGAUAAAUAAGUCUCAAACUGGCAGACAGCAGACAGAAAAGGAUGAAAAUGAUGGUGAGCAUGAUCAUGUAGAUUGGCCGGCAGGAUUACCGUUGCGGUUCUCAUUCCAAGAAUUGCAAGAUGCUACAAAUGGCUUUAGUAUUAACUUAGGAAAAGGAGGAUUCGGGUCAGUUUACGAAGGUGUUUUGGCUGACGGUUCAAAGAUAGCAGUGAAGCGCCUUGAUGGGGCAGGACAAGGAGAAAGGGAAUUCCGGGCAGAAGUUGAAACUCUAGGAAAAAUUGAUCAUCUUAAUUUGGUAAGACUGAAGGGCUUUUGUGCAGAAAAGGCCCAUCGAAUGCUUGUAUACGAGUAUCUACCAAAUGGGUCUCUGGAUAAAUGGAUUUUUUCCAAAAAUACCCAUCGACAUUAUCUGGAUUGGAAGACUAAAUACAAAGUAGUUCUGAAUAUUGCAAGAGGAUUGACAUAUUUACAUGAAGAUUGUCGAGAACAGAUAAUACACUUCGACAUCAAGCCUCAGAACAUUCUCCUGGAUCAAAAUUUCAAUGCUAAGGUCUCAGAUUUUGGUUUGGCAAAGUUGGUUAACAGAGAGCAAAGCGAAGUGAUAACCAUGAUGAGAGGGACACCAGGGUAUAUGGCACCGGAGUUACUGAACUUGCAUUUCACAGAGAAGGCAGAUAUAUUUAGCUUUGGUGUUAUGGUGAUAGAAAUUGUCAGUGGAAAACGAAGCAGAGAGCUUUCAAAGGAUGGCUUGUUUUCACUGUUACGAGUUAAGGCAGAGGAAGGGAGCUUAAUAGAUUUGGUCUAUCCAGGACAUGAAAAUGAGCAAAAUGGCGUAAAAGAGGAGGCAAUAAAAUUGUUAAAAGUGGGAAUGUGGUGUGUACAGGACAAUUUUACUCGGCGACCAGCGAUGUCUAUUGUGGUGAAGGCGUUGGAGGGUUUAAUAGACACGUUUGAUGAUGUUCCAUGGGCCUUGGCAGGGUUAACAGUUGCUUCUGAUCAGCAGUCUCUCUUCUCAUCUGAGCUGUCCUAUGCUCCUAUAACUUGUGUGUUAUCUGGACCUAGAUGAUUUAGUUAUUUUCUUGUUUUCACUACAGGUUUUUCUUACCAAUAAACCUGAGUCUAUUAGUUGUCUUGGGAUAGUGUGCAGCAAAUUAUUUCUAAGCAUUAGUAUUUUCAAGACCUUCGGAACAUAUGAUUCCCAUGGAAACCUGUGCAUGCUCUCUAGAUAAUGGUGCUGUUUUUCUAGAUUUUCUUUGCUUCCUUACGUGAAAUGCAUUUUGUGGGUUAUUCUUACCUGCUAUCAGAAUUGCAUCACUUUUUAUUCAGCAGUUUGCCAAACAACAUUUGAUUUACAAGGUUCAUUGCAUUAUGUGGUAAAACUGGAGUAUUGGAAUAGAGCAUGGACAUCGAUCACAACACAAUCAAAAGUAAAUUUGUGCCACACAUUAUAGUUGCAACUGACCUAAUUAGUAUCGAUUCAAAAUGAAAAAAUCUUGCACAUGUAAUUUGUCUUGUAAUAUGCUAAAAGGGAUGCUAAUUGCACAAAUCUGCAAGGGAAAAUCAAUCUACUAAUUGCAUUUCAUAAAACAAAUUGGGGGCUUAUGUUUCAUAUUAAUUGUCAUUCGACAGCGUGGAAAAAAACAUUUCAAAGCUCUGUUACCGUUUUAAGCUUAGGAACAUUUGUUUCCUAUGAAAAUCUGUGUAUGCUCUCAAAUAUUGUUGUCCUUUCUAAGAUUUCCCUUCUCUGUUUUAUCAAAAUGUAAUUGGCUGAUUGAUUUUCCCUGGAAGGUUUGUGAAGGUUUAACUAAAUGUUUUUGUUGGCGUUCCCCUGUCAAGUGCAGAGAAAACAGAGGACGUCACACAUCUAAGAGAAAACAGAGGACAUCACAUAUCUAAGAGAAAACAGAGGACGUCACAUAUCUAAAGAGUACUGAGUUUAUAUUUUCUUCAAUAAAAAAAAGAAAAGAACAUCACAUGCCUGCAGAAUUCUAAACAUCUUUCUAUCUAACCCCACGGCCCUUGUUUCUCCAUAACACCAAAACCAAUGUUAUCCCUUUCGUCCUAGAGUUUUGACCUCUGUGUCAUCCCUGUUCUAGAGUUUUGAGUUUACCCCAAACUCCAAAAUCUCAACUUUGUUCUAUUCUGGAGUUUCCAUAAACCCCAGAAGAACUAGGUGAUCCUGGAUCCCACGGUCCAUGAGCAAUCCGGUGUAACAGAGCAGGCAGUUAAAUUGUAAAACGUGGGAAUAUGGUUUGUACAGGACAAUUCAACGAGGCGACCAGCAAUGCCCAUAGUGGGCAAGGCGUAGGAGGUUUAAACUGACAUGUUUAACGAUGUUUCAUUUGCAUGAGCAGGGUCAACAGUUGCCUCUAAUUAGUAGUCUAUCUUCUCAUUUGAACUCUCCUUUGCUGCUACAACUUCUGUGUUAUCUGAACCUAAAAGAUUUUGUUUAUUUGCUUAUUUUUCUCUACAGGCUUUUCUAUACUAACAACAUCCGAUCAUCUCUAUCUUAAUUCCAGUAUGUUUGAAUGUUGAAUAGACCUUCAUAGUCUGCCUAUAAUCAGGUAAUUGCUAUCAUCAAAUAAAACAGAUUUAUUUGAGUAUGUUUAAAUGAUUACAGAUUACCUCUAGUCAGGCAGUUGCUAUCAGCCCAUGCUCAUAACAGUGUGCUAUCCUGUGCUCCUAGAACUGUGACUUUGGAUAACUUCUCUUCAUUUAUUUUGUUCUUUUUCUUCUUAACGAUUUGUCCUCUUUCUAUUACUAAUGUACAGCUCUUGUUAUGUUUCUCUUAACGCCGAGAGGCAUUCCUACAGCUGCAGCAGGGGGGAGUGAAGGCAUUCGUGUAUACACUAAAGAAAACUGAAAAAGAAACCAAAGUAACUGACAUCUUAUGGAAUGCGAAUUGUUUUGUAUUCAGGCAGUUACAACAUCGUUCCUUACUGUCACAUAGAAUUUGAAUCUAUUCAAAUGUUAAGCUAUUCACAAAGCUUAUAUUAUGCACAUCCCAUUUCCUCUUUUUCUGAGCAAAAUCCAUUUCAAUUGUGAAAAGCAUCGCAGUCUCCAUAUUCUGGCACUUAUUUGUUGCAAAAUGCACAAGAGUAGAUCCAAAUACAGAUUCAAAUCAAGAAGGUGGAGAAGACUGUGUUGAACAUUAUAGUCUCAGGCCACAUGAAGACGCACUUAGGAAGCCACCUCUUCUC